AUGGCCCCAGGUCCAGACCCAGCCCCAGUCACAUCACAGCCGAAGCUGCAGCCCCAGCCCCAGGCCCAGACGCAGACCCAGCCCCGUCACAUUCACAGCCCCAGGCCCAACUCCAGCACCAGCCCCAGCAUCAGCCCCAGCCCCAGCCCCAGCCCCAGCCCCAUUCCCAGCCCCAGUCCCAGUCGCAGCCCCAGUCACAGCCCCAGCCCCAGCAUCAGCCCCAGCCCCAGCCCCCAUCUCAGGCCCAGUCCCCAUCCCAGCCCCAGCCCCAGCCGCAGCAGCCCCAGCCCCAGCCCCAUUCCCAGUCGCAGCCCCAGCUCCAGCACCAGUCGCAGCCCCAGCCCAAGUCACAGCAGCAGCCUCAGCCCCAGCCCCAGCCCCAGCCUCAGUCACAGCCGCAGUCCCGGCCCCAGCCCCUAUCACAUCCCCAGCCCCAGUUACAGCCCCAGUCACAGCCCCAGCCCCAGCCCCAGUCUCAGCCCCAGUCAAAGUCACAGCUCCAGUCCCAGUCAGAGCCCUAGUGUUAGACCCAGCCCCAGUCACAGCCCAAGCCCCAGACACAGUCAGCCCCAGUCAAAGCCCCAGACCCAGUCACAACCCCAGUCGCAGCCACAGCCCCAGCACCAGGCCCAGAUGCAGACACAGCCCCAGUCACACUCCAGCCCCAGCUCCAGUCUCAGACCCAGUCAAGCACCAGCCCCAGACACAGCCCCAGCCCCAGUCAUAGCUCCAGGCACAGCCCCAGCACCAAUCACAGCCCCAGUCACAGCCGAAUCCCCACCGCAGCCCCAGUCCAGCCCCAGCCCCAGUCACAGCCCCAGCCCCAGUCACAGUGCCAGCACCAGCCGCAUCCAUUGCCCCAGCCCCAGUCACAGCCCCAGCCACAGUCCAACACCCAGCACCAGUCCCAGACGCAGCCCCAGUCCCAGACCCAGCUCCAGCUCCAGACCCAGCUCCAGCUCCAGACCCAGCUCCAGCUCCAGAACCAGAUCUAGCCCCAGCACCAAUAACAGCCCCAUCAACAGCCCCAGUCCAGCCCUGGCCCCAAGCCCUAGUGUUAGCCCCAGCCCCAGUUACAGCCCCAGCCCCAACACCAGACACAGUCCCCAUCCCAGCCCCAGUCACAGCCCCAGCCCCAGUCACAGCCCCAGCUCCAGCCCCAGUCACAGCCCCAGCCCCAGCCCCAGUCACAGCUCCAGCCCCAGUCACAGCCCCAGCCCCAGUCACAGCCACAGUCACAGUUACAGCCCUGGCCCCAGCCCCAGUCACAGCCCCAGCCCCAGUCACAGCCCCAGACACAGUCACAGCCCCAGCUCCAGCCCCAGUCACAGCCUCAGCUCCAGCCCCAGUCACAGCAGCAGCCCCAGCCACAUCCCCAGCCCCAGUUACAGCCCCAGUCACAGCCCUAGCCCCAGUCACAUCCCCAGUCAUUGCCCCAGUCACAGCCGUAGCCCCAGUCCAGCCCCGAGCCCUAGUGUUAGCCCCAGCCCCAGUUACAGCCCCAACCCCAGUUACAGCCCCAGCCCCAGACACACCCCAACUCCAGCACCAGCCCCAGCCCCACCCCAGACCAGACCCAGCCCCACUGCCAGCCCCACUCCCAGCCCCAGCCCCAGACACAGCCCCAGACCCAGUCACAUUCCCAGCCCCAGUCACAGCCCCAGUCACAUCCGCAGCUCCAGCCCCAGACACAGCCCCAGUCACCGCCCCAGUCACAGCCCCAGUCCCAAUCACAGCCCCUGUCCCAGCCCCAGUCACAGCCCCAGCCCCAGUCCCAGACACAGCCCCAGUCCCAGACCCAGCCCCAGCUUCAGACCCAGACCCAGCUUCAGACCCAGACCCAGCCCCAGUCACAGCCCCAGUCCCAGCCCCAGACACAGCUCCAGCACCAGUCACAGCCCCAGCCCCAGUCAUAGCCCCAGCUCCAGCUCCAGCCCCAGACCCAGCCCCAGUCACAGCCCCAGCCCCAGUCACAGCCCCAGCUCCAGCUCCAGCCCCAGACCCAGCACCAGUCACAGCCCCAGCCCAAGUCAGAGCCCCAGCCCCAGUCACAGCCCCAGCUCCAGCUCCAGCCCCAGACCCAGUCCCAGUCACAGCUCCAGCACCAAUCACAGCCCCACCCACAGCCGAAGCCGCAGCCCCAGCCCCAGUCACAGCCCUAGCAACAGCCACAUCCACAGCUCAAGCCCCAGCCUCGGUCACAGCCCCAGCCCCAGCCCCAGUCACAGCCCCAGCUCCACCACCUGUCACAGCCCCAGCUCCAGCAUCAGUCGCAGCCCCAGGCCCAGCCCUAGUCAGAGCCGCAGUCAUAGCCCCAGUCACAGCCCCAGGUCCAGACCCAGCCCCAGUCACAGUCACAGUCACAGCACCAGCCCCAACUCCAGCAUCAGCCCCAAUCUCAGCCCCAGUCAAAGUCACAGCUCCAGUCCCAAUCAGAGCCCUAGUGUAAGCCCCAGCCCCAGUUACAGCCCCAGCCCCAACCCCAGACACAGUCCCCAUCCCAGCCCCAGCCCCAGCCCCAGUCACAGCCCCAGCUCCAGCCCCAGUCACAGCCCCAGCCCCAGCCCCAGUCACAGCUCCAGCCCCAGUCACAGCCCCAGCCCCAGUCACAGCCACAGUCACAGUUACAGCCCUGGCCCCAGCCCCAGUCACAGCCCCAGCCCCUGUCACAGCCCCAGACACAGUCACAGCCCCAGCUCCAGCCCCAGUCACAGCCUCAGCUCCAGCCCCAGUCACAGCAGCAGCCCCAGCCACAUCCCCAGCCCCAGUUACAGCCCCAGUCACAUCCCCAGCCCCAGUUACAGCCCCAGUCACAGCCCCAGUCACAGCCCUAGCCCCAGUCACAUCCACCAGCCCCAGCCCCACCCCAGUCCCAGCACCAGCCACAACCACAGCCCCAGCCACAGUCCCAGACACAGCCCCAGCUCCAGGACCAGACCCAGCCCCACUGCCAGCCCCACUCCCAGCCCCAGCCCCAGACACAGCCCCAGACCCAGUCACAUUCCCAGCCCCAGUCACAGCCCCAGUCACAUCCGCAGCUCCAGCCCCAGACACAGCCCCAGUCACCGCCCCAGUCACAGCCCCAGUCCCAAUCACAGCCCCUGUCCCAGACCCAGCUCCAGCCCCAGCUCCAGCCCCAGCCCAGUCCCAGCACCAGCCGCAACACCCAGCCCCACUGCCAGCCCCACUCCCAGCCCCAGCCCCAGACACAGCCCCAGACCCAGUCACAUUCCCAGCCCCAGUCACAGCCCCAGUCACAUCCGCAGCUCCAGCCCCAGACACAGCCCCAGUCACCUCCCCAGUCACAGCCCCAGUCCCAAUCACAGCCCCUGUCCCAGGCCCAGCUCCAGCCCCAGCUCCAGCCCCAGCCCCAGUCUCAGACCCAGUCAAGCACCAGCACCAGACACAGCCCCAGCCCCACCCCAGUCCAGCCCCGGUUUCAGCCCCAGCUCCAGCCCCAGCCUCAGCCCCAAUCUCAGCCCCAGUCAAAGUCACAGCUCCAGUCCCAGUCAGAGCCCUAGUGUUAGCCCCAGCCCCAGUUACAGCCCCAGCCCCAACCCCAGACACAGUCCCCAUCCCAGCCCCACCCCAGCCCCAGCCGCAGUCAGCCCCAGCCCCAGCCCCAACCCCAUUCGCAGCCCUAGUCCCAGUCGCAGCCCGAGCAUCAGCCCCAGCCCCAGCCCCAGCCUCAGCCCCAAUCUCAGCCCCAGUCAAAGUCACAGCUCCAGUCCCAGUCAGAGCCCUAGUGUUAGACCCAGCCCCAGUUACAGCCCCAUCCCCAACACCAGACACAGUCCCCAACCCAGCCCCAGCCCCAGUCCCCAUCCCAGCCCCAGCCCCAGUCCCCAUCCCAGCCCCAGUCCCCAUCCCAGCCCCAGUCCCCAUCCCAGCCCCAGUCCCCAUCCCAGCCCCAGUCACAUUCCCAGCCUCAGAAACAGCUCCAGCACCAGUCACAGCCCCAGCCCCAGUUACAGCCCGAGCCCCAGUCUCAUGCCCAGCUCCAGCCCCAGUUACAGCUGCAGCCCCAGCCCCAGACCCUCUCACAGCCCCAGCCCCAGCCCCGGCCCCAGACCCAGCCCCAGUCACAGUCACAGCCCCAUCCCCAGCCCCAGUUACAGCCCCAGUCACAGCCCCAGCCCCAGUCACAGCCCCAGCCCCAGUCACAGCCCCAGCCCCAGCCUCAGUUACAGCCGCAGUCCCGGCCUCAGCCCCAUCCCCAGCCCCAGUUACAGCCCCAGUCACAGCCCUAGCCCCAGUCACAUCCCCAGUCAUUGCCCCAGUCACAGCCGUAGCCCCACCCCAGCCCCAGACACAGUCAGCCCCAAUCAAAGCCCCAGACCCAGUCACAACCCCAGUCGCAGCCACAGCCCCAGCCCCAGGCCCAGACGCAGACCCAGCCCCAGUCACAGUCACAGCCCCAGCCCCAACUCCAGCACCAGCCCCAGCAUCAGCCCCAGCCCCAGGCCAGCUCCAGUCAAAGUCAGCUCCAGUCCCAGUCACAGCCACAUUCCCAGCACCAGUCAAAGUCACAGCUCCAGUCCCAAUCAGAGCCCUAGUGUUAGCCCCAGCCCCAGUUACAGCUCCAGCCCCAGUCCCAGACCCAGUCAGCCCCAGUCAAUGCCCCAGAUCUAG